AUGAAGAUAUGUCUACGCUAUCUCGGUGACCCUGGAUAUCAACAAAAUAUUGGUCAGGAACUUGGUGUUAGUCAAGCAACGGUAUUUCGUACUGUGGAUAGAGUUGUGAACAGCAUAGUUGCACAGUCGAAUGAAUGGAUCAAGUUUCCAACUACCUACCAUGAACUGAUGGAGGCCAGGCGGACAUGGCAAAGCAUGUAUAAAUUUCCGACAGAAAUUUGCGUAAUUGAUUGUACACAUAUAGGAAUCCUGAAACCAAAUCGCCAUGGAGAUGAGCAUAUCAACCGAAAAGGGAAACCUACUUUAAAUGUGCAAGCCACUUGUGAUGCCAGAGAGAUGUUCACAUGUGUUGAUCAAUCUUUGGAUAUGCCGAAAGGAUAUCGUCGGUAUUCGUCUCCAGGGACAUCCUCUGAGAGCGAGGAAGAAGUUGUGGUUUUACGUCGUCGAUUGAAGCGAUUAGAGAAAAAAAUUAAGUGCUCUCCCCUCGAUGGGGGCAAAAAUAGGGCAAAGCAACAGAGAGUUGAGGAAAUCCCAUCUACAGAUGAAACUUAA